AUGUCAACUCAGAGCGGACUCAAAUACCUCUCCAAUGCCCUCGCAACCGCCGAACAAUUAACAACCUCCUCAUCAUUCGUCGAUGGCAUCGCACCCGAUCUCGAGGCCUCCGUCCGGUAUGCAGGCGUACAGUUGACCCAGGCCGCCGGGGUGUUAUUGCGCUUGUCGCAGGACACCAUCGCGCAAGCGAUUGUCACCUUUACGCGAUUCUGGAUUGGCCCGGAAGGCGGGAGCUUACGGCUCUAUGCGGCAAAGGACGUCUCGGCCGCAGCGCUCUACAUGACAGCCAAGCUGUCCUUCCAGCCGACAUCGCCCCGAUCCAUCAUCAACGUCUACGCCUUCCUACUAUCCCGAGACGCUUCACCGUUGUGGUUUGUGAAUUCCAAGGGCGCGCCAUUGACCUCGCCCGCACCGGAGACGUAUACUCUGACGGAGGGUGGGUAUCUGGCGCAGCGGGUGGUGCUCCUACGGGUUGAGGCGAUCAUCCUCCGGACGCUGGGGUUCAAUACGCACGUCGCCCUACCGCAUACCAUCGCCCUGACGUACCUCCAGACGCUUGAUGUGUCUUCGCCGGACGUCUCGCGGAGAGUCUUUGAACAUCUCAAUGCGGCGCUGCUGUCGCCCCAGCUGUUGUACGUCACGCACCAGCCAAACGCGCUGGCCGUCGCCGCGAUCUACCUAGCAGCCAGAGAGGUCGGGGUGAAGCUGGUAGACGUCGAGUGGUGGGAAGUAUUCGACGUGGACCGGGAAGACCUGGGGUUCUUGGUGGUAGCCAUGAGAAGUAUUGAAGGAUUUGCGCGGGCGGAAAAGGAGAAAUGGAGUGGGCGAGCAUUGCCCAUGACUGUGGAUGAGCUGGAAGCCGAGGGGGAACGGAGGCGGAUGAUGGAAGAGGGGGGGAUGAACAUCCUCCACUCCACACUCUCCACCUGGCGCGAGCGCCUAGCCCCCAUCUCGCGCACCUCGACCUUCCGCACAACAGGGCAAAUCACACCCGAGGAGUUCGUCCUCGCAGGGGACUACCUCGUAUACAAGUUCCCGUCGUGGACGUGGGCAGACGCAUCCUCGCCCGCCCAGCGCGUGUCCUACCUUCCCGAGGGGAAGCAGUUCCUGGUGACGCGUGGCGUGCCGUGCCACCGGCGGUUGAACGAGAACUUUGCGGGCGAUGCGGGACAGGAGGAUGAGAUCGUGAGGGACUUUCUCUCUGGGGGAGGAGAGGGAGAGGAGGAAGAGGAAGAGAUACCUGAUAUGGAGGAUGAUGAUGACGAGGAGGCUAUUAUCCGUGAGCCAGUUGGGACGACGCAACCAACAAGGACCUACAAUCUCUACAUCACAUACUCCAACUUCUACCGCACCCCCCGCCUCUACCUCUCCGGCUACCUCUCCCCGUCAGAGCCCCUCCCCCCACACCUCAUGAUGGAAGACAUAGUUGGCGACUACAAAGACAAGACCGUAACGCUCGAAGACUUCCCGUGGUACGACGGAACCGUGAAAAUGGCCAGCGUGCACCCCUGCCGCCACGCCUCCGUCAUGAAAACGCUUCUCGACCGCGCCGACGCAGCCCUCAAACUCCGCCGCGACAAGCUACAAGCCGGAAACAAGUCCACAGCAGCGGGCGGAAGCGGACUCGAGGGACUCGUCGAUGACGUUAAAACAAUGACCCUUGAACAACAGCAGCAGCAGCAGCAGCAGCAACACCACCAGCAACAACAGCAGAACCCCGGCGGCGACGAGUGGGAAAUGCUACAACACGACGAAGACGACCAGGUAGCGAUCCGCGUCGACCAGUAUCUGGUAGUGUUUUUGAAAUUCAUAGCGAGUGUGACUCCGGGGAUUGAGCAUGAUUUCACGAUGGGGGUUUGA